AUGGCGGUAAAGUCGAGGGAGUGGGAACGUACUGUAGCUGAAAAAGUGCACUGGAAGAGCACUUUCCUUUGGCUGCUCUUUGAGGAGGGUGGCUGUGCAGUCACCCAAGUGUUAAUAGCGCUUUGUGUCGUCAAGCGGACGCCGGCGACGCGUAGGCAGCGAGCGGAGAAACGCGCUGGUGCUUUGCUUUCGCUGGCAGCGGGCCGCCCACGGGCAAUGGCAGACGGACUGCAGGUCUCACACAACCGCAACCUGCCGGCCGCCGUCACCCAGUGCUUCUCGGUGGUGGCCCUGUGCACGGCGGUGGCCGAUCCCAACUGGUUCCAGGUGGUGCCGAACGGCAGCUCGCCGCAGGUCUACGGGGUGGCGUACGUGGUGCGGCUGCAGGGAAACAUCUCGGCAGAUCCAAAUAGUGUCAUGAACUACGAAGGAAUCUCUCUUCUAAUAGUAAUGGCCACCUGCAGUUAUAUUGGAAUACUGACUGGCUUUGGAGCCUUCAUUCUGAGCUUUUUAGGAUUACCGAAUCCACUUUUGUUUAAAAUACCGGUUGUGCUACAUUUUCUAACAGCCAUUCUGGAUAUUGGGUCGCUGGCUCUGUGCUCCUACUUGUUCUUCCAGGUGAAGACGAGCCUGAGGAGAAAGGAAUUUGAGAAGACGGCCAUGCAGACAGCCUUGGGGAAAAGCUAUAUGAUUGCAGUGUUUGCUGUGAUAUUCGCUCUCAUUGCCUCGGUCUUGAGUCUACAGAAAAUCGUUCUGAAGUAUGAGAGAGUGCCGGAUGGCAGGAAAGAAGAGGAGUCUUCGCUAACCACACCACAGGGCUUUGCAACUUGUGAGGAGAGCAGCUAGACCAUUUGCACCACAUCGCUGUAGAUUCUGCUGGACUUGACCGGUUGAUCCUGUGUCCUGCUUGCAGUGUUACUGUGGGUAGGGUCAGAGAGUGGGCGGAAUGCAGCCCGGACUGAAAUGGAUCGCUCGCUGUCCACUGCAAAUGGAGCAACAUCUUUGACUGUUCUAAUUAGGAAAGAAAACAAUAGCUUUAAUGUUUGCUUCAUACAUUUAAAAAAUUUAUAUUUUUACUUUUUUUUUGUACAGUUGUCACCAGUUGUUGAAGUGGCUGCUCGUUCAGUGUUGAUUUAAAAUCAAUAAAAGCAGAACCCACCGAGUAUAAAGAGAAUUUGUCAUUGUCAGCAGUGGUUGACGUAGGAGAGCUGAACUUCACUGACAAGGUUCCCUCCACAACAUUUCUGAUUAUCUUCAAUGUCCUGACUGUAACAUGGAUUACUGAGAAAGCAGAAAUAGAUGUCAAUUCUGAUGUAAGAAACCAUAAUGUUGGGAGUGUUUGUCGGGCAGCGUCUGUGGGGAAGGAGGUCAGGGUUGGUGUUUCAUUGUGAUGACAUUUCAUUGUGGGACGGGGUUUGUUGAUCUGGGGACACCAACUCCCAACCUCUCUGGAGAAACCGCCUGGUCUGCCGAGUGUUCCCUGCACUUCCUGUUCGUGUUCUGGAUUUUCAAUGCCUGCAGUUUUUAUUCCUUCUCAGGCUCUGGCCAGUUUUGGUGUGUAAUUUACCUGUAACAUGAUUUGUUCAUUUUUCUCUCUCCACGGAAGCAGACUGGCCACAGAAGCUUUUUUGGCAGUCUCACAUAUUUCAGAUUUUAAGCAACUGUUGUGUUCUCCAUCUCAGUUUUCAUUUGUCCUCUGCUCACACUCUCUCCUGCUUUUGUGAUUUCCCUCCUCCAUCCACACUUCCUCCAGACAGACCAGUUGCCAUUAUUGAGCUUAUCCGGCAACUUCCAGCUGACACUAGUCUGCCAUUUUCUCCUCCAGACUUUCCCCUCCUUCAUCUUCUCUGCAACAUGCCGGUUUGCCAGCUUUUCCAAAGUAGAUGACGGGAUGCAGAGCUGGGCUGAGAGGUGGCAGAUGGAGUUCAACCCGGAAAAGUGUGAAGUGAUUCACUUUGGAUGGUUAAACUUGAAGGCAGAAAACAGCAGGAUUCUUAGUGGUGUGGAGGAACAGAGGGCUUUUGGGGUUCGUAUCCAUAGAUGUCAUGGGACUAAAAUCCACAGCCAUGAUCUUUCCCAUAUGAGUUAAAGGAAAUUGCCCCUCAUCGUAGGCUAGUUGUGAUAGCUAUCCCUUUAUGUGUCUGAUUCACCUGACUGCUGAAAAACUUGACACAUACGGUGCUCACAAAAAGUAUUCACACCCCCCCCCCCAUUGGAAGUUUUCAUGUUUUAUUGUCCUACAACAUUGAAUUAGGGUGGAUUUAACUUGGCUUUUUUUGUCCUUGAUCAACACUUCAAAGUGUCAAAGUGAAAACAGAUCUCUACAAAGUGAUCUAAAUUAAUUAUAAGUACAAAACACAAAAUAAUUGAUUGCGUAGUAUUCACCUCCUUUAGUAUGAUACACCAAAUCAUCAUUGGUACAGUCAUUUGGUUUUAGGAGUCACAUAAUUUGUUAAAUGGAGAUCUGUUUUUGGAGACCUGUGUGCUGUCAAGGUGUUUCUACUGAUUGUAGUAAAAAUACACCUGUAUCUAGAAGGUCCAACUGCUGGUGAUUCAGUAUCCUGGAAAAAACUACACCAUGAAGACAAGUGAACACUGCAAGGGACUGCGUGAUAAGGUUAUUGAAAAACUCAAGUCAGGAGAUGGAUACAAGAAAAUUUCCAAGUCACUGAAUAUCCCUUGGAGUACAGUUCAGUCAGUCAUUAAGAAAUGGGAAGAAUAUGGCACAGCUGUAAAUCUGCCUAGAACAUGUAUCCUCAAAAACUGAGUGACAGUGCAAGAAGGGGAUGAGUGAGGGAGGCCACCAAGAGACCUAUGACAGCUCUGGAGGGAGGCCACCAAGAGACCUAUGACAGCUCUGGUGGAGUUACAAACUUCAGUGGCUGAGAUGGGAGAGACUGCACAUACAACAACUGUUGCCCGGGUGCUUCACCAGUCACAGCUUUAUGGGAGAGUGGCAAAGAAAACGUCACUGUUGGGGGGGGGGGGAACUCACAUUGAAAUCUCAGCUGGAGUUUGCCAGAAGGCAUGUGGGAAAUUCUGAAGUCAGCUGGAAGAAUAUUUUAUGGUCUGAUGAAAUCAAAAUAGAGCUUUUUGGCCAUCAGAUUAAACCCUCUGUUUGGCAUAAACCAAGCACUGUACAUCAUCAAAAGCACACCGUCCCUACCGUGAAGCAUGGUGGUGGCUGCAUCAUGCUGUGGGGAUGCUUCACUGCAGCAGGCCCUGGAAGGCUUGUGAAGGUAGAGGGUAAAAUUAAUGCAGCAAAAUACAUGGAAAUCCUGGAGGAAAACCUGGUGCCGUUUGCAAGAGAACUGCAACCUGGGAGAAGAUUUGUUUUCCAGCAAGACAAUGAACCCAAGCAUAAAGCCAAAGCUACACAGGAAUGGCUUAAGAACAACAAAGUUAAUGUCCUGGAGUGGCCAAGUCAGAGUCCAGACCUCAAUCCAAUUGAGAAUUUGUGGCUGGACUUGAAAAGGGCUAUUCAGUCACGAUCCCCAGUAAUCUGACUGAGCUUAAGCAGUUUUGUGAAAAAGAAUGGGAAAGAAUUGCAGUGUCCAGAUGUGCAAAGCUGAUAGAGACCUAUCCACACAAAUUCAAGGCUGUAAUUGCUGCCAAAGGUGCAUCUUACUAAAUACUGACUUGAAAGGGGUGAGUAAUUAUGCAAUCAGUUAUUUUGUCUUUUAUAUUUGUAAUUAAUUUAGAUCACUUUUUAGAGAUCUGGUUUUAUUUUGACAGGAAAGAGUCUUUUUCUGUUGAUCAGUGUCAAAAAAGCCAAAUUAAAUCCACUCUGAUUCAAUAUUGUAGAACAAUAAAACAUGAAAACUUCCAUGGGAGGGUGAAAAUACUUCUGAUAGGUACUGUACAUUCUAUGUAGCAACAGAUCACACAGUUGUUGGAUCCUGGUGAUUUUGCAAUCCAGAGGUUCUUCAGAAGUCAAGAAUGAGGCAUAAAUCUUGUUGGUUAUGAACAUUUAUGAAAUGUAGCAAGAACGAAGAAUGAAACAAAGAAAAGACAGCAAAGAAGUCAUGGUCAUCUGUAACGAAAGCUCAUUCAAACUGGAAAGGAACAGGACGUUCUAUGAUAACAAGCUAUGAAAUCUGUGAAUGUGGAAUUCAUUGCCACAGGUGGCUGUGGAGGCCAGGUCAUUGAGUAUUUAAGGUAGAGGUUGACAGAUUCUUGACUGGUCAGGGCAUGAAAGGUUACGGGGAUAGUGGGUUUGAAAAGGAAAUGGAUUGGGCAUGAUCAAAUAGCGGAGCAGACUCAUUGGGCCAAAUGGCUUAAUUUGCUCCCAUGUCUUAUAGUCUUGUGGAAACAACCAAUGUGACACCUGCUGCAGAAAAACUAAGAAGUUUCCAGAAAAAUACAGAAUCAGCUAUACUACAAUUACUGCAAAAUUCACUUGUAUAUCGGUAAUUAUAUAAAAAUAUAAGGUAGCGCAGGAAAAGUUAAACUACAAGAAAAAUAACACAUUUAUACUCUAAUAUUGAGGUUUGACUAUUUACAAACCGGGAAUGCUAUGACCAGCAUCCCAAGUUAUAGAAACCAUUAAGAAGCUCUCAAUGAUACUGUGCCCCGGGAAAAACAGUGUGUUGUUUACGCAAAUGAAAAUAGCUGAACAUGACCGAUGAAGAUGCAGGAAGUAUUGGCCAAGUAGUUGAAAACUGACACAAAUAUGUUGAAAUUGAUUCCAUUUGGGGAAAGGCAUGGAAAGCUGAUGGUGGUGAAUUGUUUCUGGUAAAAUGUCAAGAGGCAGAGAGAGGAAACCAUAAGACUAUAAGACAAAGGAGCAGAAGUCGGCCAUUUGGCCCAUCGAGUCUGCUCUGCCAUUUUUAUCAUGAGCUGAUCCAUUCUCCCAUUUAGUCCCACUCCCCCGUCUUCUCACCAUAACCUUUGAUGCCCUGGCUACUCAGAUACCUGUCAAUCUCUGACAGGGGCAGAUUGACCCAGAGGGAGUUCUUGGAGGGGAGCGAACAAUGUUAAGGUAAUUGGUAUUAACAAUUGGUUGGAUGGUUUUGCAGAGGCACUCUGUGCAACAAAGGGUCUGUUGCUAUGAACCUUGGUGGACCCAAGAGACAUCUAAUGAUAUCGUCCUGCUGGCAUCGCACUAAUGAAGCAGGUUUCAUUGUUAGAUUAAUGAGAAAACUUCAUGCUGUGUUGGUAUGUAAAUAUGCAAAUUGCUUUGGGAUAUAAUUGCAUUUUCUGUAGUAAAGGAUAUGAUGGGGAUUAAGAGCCAUCUGUUUAACUGUUUUAUCUUCCACAACCUUUCCACCUUAAAUACUGCACAUUUUGAAUCGUCUGCAUAUAAUUGUUUUUUAGACUGCAGGCUUUUAUUAAAGUUAAAUAUGAGCAAGGGUUUUAAAGGCCAGUUUUCUGGGGAGCAUUCAAUAAAUCUAGAGAAGAUGGGAUUUUAAAAAAAAGCGCUGAAAUCUGUCAUUAAAAGGAACUGCACUUGGCUGAUCUGCCCCCUCCCCUCCUCUCCUCACCACUCAUGCCAGUUCAGCUCUGAUACCUCACCAGUCUCACCACGGCAGUGAGCAGUGGCAGCCACUUGGACGCUGAGGGUGGACAGAAAUACUUGCUGGUGGCGCAGGAGGGAAUUUCCUGGAGCAAUCCCCAAAUGGUAGGGCUAAGGUCAGCGUGGAAUAGCUGGACAGGCUUGAGGGGCUGAAUGUGUCACUCCUGAGCAUGGUUUUUGGUGGAUCUCCACGCAAAUUCCAAUCCUGCGAAGCCUGCUGUCAUCUCAGCAAAGAUUGUCAAAUAGACGAAUGACGUUGCAAAAUGCUCUGGGAGACUGGGGGCUUGGUUUGGGGGUGGGUGGUAGAGAGGAAGUAGAGGGCACUCAAAGCAGAAAAUAUGAGACCCGACCACACUCUGCUGCCACUUGUCACUCACACUGAUUCCCUUAUUACUUAUCAGCAUAGUCAACUGUAUUUGAAGGUCAAAUUGUAUUUGAAGUAAAAUAAAAUUCUGU